GGACUCCGUCAUAGCCCGGACUCAUAUAGAUGUAGCACCGGCUCUAUGAGUUUGGCAUCGCUGCAUAGGUCCGAGCAGAUCAUAUAAACAGCGAUAUUAAAAUACGUCAACUCUCAUUUCAGCGAGAUCAAGAGGGACGGUUCAUCCCAUCAACAUGGCGGAAAACAUAAUCAUCCGUGUCCAGUCUCCAGAGGGAAUGAAAAAAAUCGCCGCAACAAAGCGUGAGACAGCUGCAGCUUUCCUCAAAAAGGUUGCCAAAGAGUUUGGCUUCAGUUCAAAUGGUUUCUCUAUCUACUUGAACCGGAACAAGACCGGAGAGAUCCUGUCUCAGAACAAGACCCUCAGUCUGCUGAAAAUCAAGCAUGGCGACAUGCUCUUUCUUUUCCCAUCCUCAGCUGGACCCUCCAGUGAGAACAUGGACACAGCUCAGCCUCACACUUCUUCAUCCUACCCUUCCUUCCCUUCAUCCUCUUCAUCAUCAUCUUCCUUAUCCCGUUCACACUCUGCACCACAGAUACAAGAGGACGAGAUUGACCAGUAUCUGUCCAAACAAGAGGGAAAGAUCUACAGAAACCGAGACGCCCAGCUGUGCCGACACGGUCCCAUGGGGAAAUGUGUGCACUGCGUACCUUUAGAGCCUUUUGAUGAAGACUAUCUGAACCACCUCGACCCACCGGUCAAGCACAUGUCCUUUCACGCCUACAUCCGGAAACUCACCGGCGGAGCAGACAAGGGGAAGUUUGUGGCGCUUGAGAAUAUCAGCUGUAAAAUUAAAUCUGGCUGUGAGGGGCAUCCGCCCUGGCCAGAGGGCAUCUGUACCAAGUGCCAACCCAGCGCCAUCACUCUCAACAGACAGAAAUAUCGACAUGUGGACAACAUCAUGUUUGAGAAUCACACCAUUGCGGACCGUUUCCUCGACUUCUGGAGGAAGACGGGUAACCAGCGGAUGGGGUACCUGUAUGGACGCUACACUGAGCACAAAGACAUCCCUCUCGGCAUUCGAGCAGAGGUUGCUGCCAUUUACGAACCUCCUCAGAUUGGAACCCAGAACAGCUUGGAGUUGAUUGAAGAUCCCAAGGCAGAAGCAGUUGAGGAGAUUGCUGCAAAACUAGGUCUGCGGAAGUUGGGCUGGAUUUUCACAGAUCUUCUGUCAGAGGACACCAGGAUAGGCACAGUCCGCUACACCAGAAACAAGGAUUCAUAUUUCCUGAGUGCAGAGGAGUGCAUCACAGCUGGACACUUCCAGAACCAACAUGCCAACGCGUGUCGGCUUUCCCCGGAUGGCCAUUUUGGAUCCAAGUUUUUCACAGUGGUGGCAACAGGUGGUCCCGAUAACCAGGUGCACUUUGAAGGGUACCAAGUGUCCAAUCAGUGCAUGGCUCUGGUGAGGGAUGAAUGUCUACUGCCCUGCAGAGAUGUUCCUGAACUGGGCUAUGCCAAAGAGUCCAGCACGGAGCAAUACGUCCCUGAUGUCUUCUAUAAGGACAAAGACAAAUUCGGCAAUGACAUCACACAUUUAGCCCGACCACUGCCAGUGGAGUACUUGAUCAUUGACAUCACCACCACUUUCCCAAAGGACCCCGUGUUCACUUUCUCCUCUACUCUUCGCUUCCCCAUCGAAAACAGAGAUGCUCUGGGAGAGACCCAGGACUUCCACAGUUUAGCGACGUAUCUUUCCCAGUGUCCUUCCUCCUCCACCUCCUUCCUGGACAUCGUCUCAGACUUCCAUCUGCUUCUCUUUCUUGUCACCAACGAGGUCAUGCCCUUACAAGACAGCAUUGGGCUUCUGCUGGAUGCAGUGAAGACAUCCAAUGAGGAGCUGGCUCAGACCUGGAAGAAAUCUGAGCAGUGGGCCACAAUUGAGCAACUCUGCAGCACAGUUGGAGGGCAGCCGUCGGGAUCUCUGGAUUAUGCCAUGGGCGGCCCAACUCUCCCCCAGUCCUCUUCAGCUGUGUGGUCUUGCCUCCACUGCACCUUCAUGAACCAACCUGGCACUGAGCACUGCGAGAUGUGCAGUUUGCCCCGCAGCUAAAACCCCACGAAUCCAGGCUGCACCAUACAUCCCACCGGGAACAGCAGUGAGAGUGGGCGUGCUUCCCUGUAUUCCUGCCGUUUUAGUAUGCCUAAUCCUUAACUCCUCCACUCCCUCACUGACUGUGCUGCAUCUAAACGCCGAUGCCAGCCGCGUGCCCGAAUAUGCGCCCGAUCCAACGCUGUGAGCUGCAUCACUUUGAUGAUGAUUGAUGGCCGAAGAUGAUGGGUUGUACCCAUGUAGCACUCUCUGUGUGAGCCCAGUGCAUUCUGGGACUUUUAUUUAGACAAGCACUUGGGCGAAGCUCCUUCCACCCUCCUCAUCUCCCUCCGUGGUCCAAACUAACCUUUCAGCACCAUUGAUGAAACAUCUGAUAUUAAAAGUCUUUCCCCAACUCUCACUGAGGAUGUUGUGUAAAUAAUAAACAGAGAAGGAAUAAUACUGUUAUUUAAUUUCAAAAGAUUUUAUAUGUUGAGGGAAAUUACUUUUUCAAGGCCAUUUUGAAGUAAAUAUGCCGCUGAAGGAGCUUUGUGGUUUGCAGCACUGAUCUUUUUAUAUCAUCAUGGUUUCUUAGAUCUUCAACCAUAGUUUAAAACACUUUCUUCACCGAACACGCAUGCUUGCUUUAUUUUCUUCCAUUCAUUUUUCAUAACUUUAUUUUGAUGGACGAUGAGUUUCUUUGAGCAUCAAUUCUCAUCAAUGCUUGAUUAGAUUGAAGUCGAAUGGUUGGUUUGGCUGCAGAGGUUCCUUUUCCUCAAGAUUACAAUUGACUGUUGACUUCUGAAGGCUUAAGAAGCUAUGCUUUGAAUAUGGAUUGGUUUACGUUUGCUUUGCAAAAACUGUAGCCACUCAACUUUGGUGCUGCACCCUUUUCUGCCCUAUUUCACUGUCAUCGCCCUUUCAUUACCAAUUUCCCCUUCCGUCCCCCUGGCGCUUGUCCAGAUGUCAAUUGUGGAGAUUUUUUUCCACUGUUCAGCCCUUAAGGAGCCUGUACCGUUGCACCUUCAAAGAGUUAUAUAGAGUCAGGGCCGUCUUUGAACACGCUCCACAUCUGGUGGAGAUCAAGACUGAUUGAUUGAUAGAUUGAUAGGGAAGAACAAAGCUACAAAUAUAAAAGCAAAAGUCUAAACUUAUUCCACUUGAUUGACAUCUUUGCUUUGGACUUUUUUUAAACCAGCCUCAGAUCUUCUACACUGGUCUGUGUAGUUCAGCAGAUAGAUUUUACUGGCUGGACACAUGGUUAUAUUGUCUUCUGACAGCCAUUUUCAUUUGGCCACGACUCAGUGUUUUAGAAACCAGCCCAAAGACAUCUCUUAAAUAUGCAUUCAGGAGUAUUUCAGCCCUCUGAAAUGAUAUAGAUGUUUACAUUUGUGUUAGAUUUUGUAAAGUUUCUUCAUUCUCAAACUCGCCCAUAAUUUCACUCUAAACCCUCUAAAAUUCAGUCUGUUGGUUCACUUAAACGGACACCCUGAUCAUCAUCAUUCACAGAUUGAAAUCUGAUUUUUGCUUUAAGAGUUUUGAGGUGCAGAUAGCUGUGCUUAGGCCCCAUUGUCACAAAACACAGGUGCCCUGAGUUGUAUGCUUUCAGUUGGUUUUGGGGUUUUAAAUACAGGAAAAUAGUUCAACAAUAAAACCGAUUCCUUUGGA